AUGGCCGAGCAGCCGCUGACGCCGGGGAGCGCCUUCUCCAAGAGGCAUGUCAGCGGGAUGCUGAGGCAUCUCGAGGGUGACGAGCAGCGGGCCAAGGCCCAGGACAUGGCCGCGGCGUACAAGCGCAUGUUCGCGGAGAGCAACUGGGGGGCGGUGGUCGCGAGGAUCCGAGACGUGGCGGAUGAAGACCACUUGCGGGUCAAGGAUGAGCAGGACCCAGCAUCAUCCUCCGUAGUAGAAGAGGACACCCUCGCGACUCCGCCCGCCCACACCAUCAGCUUGCCUUCGUCCGUGGGCAGCCGGCCGAGAGUCUCCACGCGGGAGAAAUGGGACGUCAGGUCUCCCGGUCCGGAAACACCACUAUCGGCAACGCCUGUGGGCAACGCUUUCGCCAUCGGUGGAUUUUGGGAGCAGCUGACUCCCAAGACGCCCGCACCAGACACGCCCACAACUCCCGCCGCUCUUGCUCCCGCCCCUCCAUACUCGCCCAUAGUACCCCAGGAUCGUCGAGGCCGCAAGGCCUACAAGCGUGCGAAGGAUCAAGUAGACAGGAUGGCCCUCUCCAUUUGCGCCAAGCGCUUGGGCGUUUCCGAGACGAUCAAGGACUCCGACGAUGUCCCCAUGUCGCUUGCGACCAUGCAAGACUGUCUGACCGGAGCAUUGAGGGCCCUCGAGUUCAACCAGGUCAACUUGGAAACCACAAUUGAACCUAGGCUCCCGAAGCUUAUGGAGGCGCUUGCGCACGAGGAGAAGAAGAUCGUGGACGAAUACUCAAUCAGAGAUGCCUCUGCACUUCUGGACCCUGAAACAUGGCUCCAAGUUGACGCAAUUACAGCGGAAGUCUACACCUUGUACGACGCUCAGCGAGAAUUAAUGCGGAUGCAUUGCAGUCGGCGCAAGUCAAAGGCGCUGAAGAUCUCUGAACAGGCGACAGAUCAGGCAUGGAUAACACGAAUCUUCGAAGACGCAGAGCGCAUGUACGAAGGCGCGGACGACGACUCGGACGACGAGACUGGAUACGUGCACCACAACUUCCUCGGCAGCAUUAAGGACAUUGCAGAUUCGAGCUCCGACCUUGCAUCUAUUUCAGACUGCCAAUCCCCCAAGUAUUUGACGUCAUUGCACUCAAGCAGCAGCCUGCAGUUGAGCAGAGAGACUACACUUGAGUCUCAGAGAUCGAGCGCCAGCCAAAUCGGGUCGCCAUACGGCCAUUCAGCACAGUCAAGUACAAGUCCUGCGAAGCCGUCUUUUGCGCACCAACUACGAACACGCGAGAACAGCUUGAGCCACAGCCCGAGCCCAGAGAAGGUAGCACAGUCCCAUGCCGAACAUGUCAAGUUCUUGCGCUCGAGGAAGAGUAGCCUGUCCCAGAGUCAGACGUCCAGCCCAGAAACGCCGUCACAUACCCACCUGCUCAACUACAAGACGAGCUUUUUGUCGCCAAACCAGACUCCAAACAAACUACGAAAACUUCCUCCCCCAGCCCGAGACGACAGUGUCCCGAACAGUCCCAGUCUAGAGAGACUGCGCAAGAUCCAAUCCAAGUCUCAAGCGGAUCUCCUCACCAACGAACCCAGCCCAGAGAAAUCAUCAUUCGGGCAAGUUUUGAGACAGACAAAGAGCAACUUCUCACUGGCUGCAUCCUUCGAGAAAUUGCGAUGGCAACCUACUACAUCUCAGCAGUCGGCCGAGUCCGAAAAUUCCAUUCCACCGCUGCCGCCAUUUCCUCAUCAGCUUCUUUCCAGGAAGAGGAGUCUAUCACAGCAUGCGAGUUCCGAGACGUUGUGCAAGUUUCCUGUGCCUUCACGAGAGAGCAGCCCUUUCAACGACCCUGAUCCAGAACAGUCAUCUCAUGCUCAGCAGCUGCGAGCGCAAAAGAGUAACUUGUCGCUAUAUUCGGUUUCGCAGGCGUUGGAAGACUUCCCUGUUCCACCACGAGAGAACGAUUCUGCCGCGGAGAAGCCGUCGCAGGCUCAUUCGCUACGAUCGCAACCAAGCACUCUAUCUUGCGAGGACGGACUGCGCAAGAAGUACAGAAAGCCCCGAGAACAAGAUUCGCCCAGGACUCUCGCUCUGGAGAACCCGUCUCACACACAUCAGCUGCGAGCACAAGCAAGCAAUAUAUCUCUGGGCCACGGCCGCGAGCGAUCCCGCAGGCUUGACUUGCAGCAUCUACAGAGCAGAUCUCACAGAGCUUCUAGUCCCAUCCCUAGCCCAGAGAACUCGCCGUACGCCCAUGGGCGGCUGUCGCCAAAGAGUGAUCUGGCUUACAGCAUCAAACAGAUGAACAAGGUUCUAGCGGAGGACUUCCCACAGACAGUCUUGACCGAUCCAUCUGGUCCACGCCCUGGUGGCCUCUUCAUAUUUGCGGAUCAGCCCAUCGAGUUACCUCAAGUCAGUCCCAAGGAACCUGGCAGGCUUCCGCCGCCACCUCCCCAGACAAGCGCGCCGGAAACUUCUCGUAAAGGAAGGCGUCCACCUCCAAGUCGCAUCAUCACGUACACGGAUCAGCCCGUAGAUUUGCCUAAAGUCAGUCCCGAGGAGCGAAGGCACCGACGCAUGGCGGCAAGCCAGACAGAUCUGAGCGCGUGGGCCGGAGAACUCAAGAAGAUGGAGGACAGGGCAUCUGCGCAAAAACUUCCCCACAGGGUGGCCUCCCUCGAAGCUAUCAUCGACCAUGUCAGGGGCAACUCCAUUCAGAGGAGUGACUCAAUGGAGAGUAUUGAAAAGUUCGCACUGGAGGCCAUUGGCAGAUCUCCACGUCCGCGGCAGGAGCAACAGGUUGCCAAUGUCCUACCGUUCAGACAUCCGGAUAGACUCAGACAGGAUGCACAGGAGAGUAUCAACAACUCGACUCCACCGCAGCAGCAAGAUGUCACCAGUGAUCUACCAUUCAGACGUCCGGACAGACUCAGACAGGAUGGCCUGGGACGUGCCAACAAUGCUCUGCCACCUCAGCAACAGCAUCCUUUGGUCAGCGAAUUGCGACACCGACGACAUGACAGGUUCAGGACUGAGAGCAUGGAGACUCACCACGACUCAGCUCCUCCACAGCGCCAGCAGUUCACCGAAAACCACCCUCCUAGGAACAUGGGCCGUCUCAGAUUUGAAAGUCUAGCAGGUAUCAAUAACUCGCCUCUACCACAGCACCAGCUCAUUGGUAACCCUCCUCCAAGGCGUUCGAACGGCCCAAGGCAAGAAACCCUGGACAGUAAGUACUUCGGCAGUCCUCAUGCUAGGCAUUUGGACCGUCCCGGACAAGACGGCGAUGCCGCUCUGCAAAUGGACAACAUGAAUAACUCCCACUCCCCGCAGCAGCAAGAGACCUUUGGCGACCUCCGCCUUCGUGGCUUUGAGAGGAACAGGCUAGAUACCGGGCCAGCUGAUAUCACCAACAACCCAGCUCCUGAGUCAUCACUCCGAAGUCCCGUCCAGUUCGCACAAGGCCCACAGGAGUACACGUACAUCACCGCUCCAUCACGUCAACGAGCACCUAGCGACCUUGGCCUACGCCGUCGCAACGCUGGACGCAUCGCGCCUCCCAGACACCUUGUCAAUAACCCCGUGACCCCAUCCUCGGCCACUCCCAAUGACCCACCUUCGCGCCCGCGCAACUUCUCGCAGUCAAACACCCCUGAAGCCCGCCCAUGGCCCACCGAUGACUCGCCCAUGUAUCCUUCGACACCCCAUCGCCGACCACAGCCUUCACCCGGACCCAGUUUUGCGUCGUCGCCGCUCCCCGCAUCUGCCACGCUCAGCGCCCGGAUUCACGCAAAGAUUGCCGAAGUGCGUGAGGGCAUCCAGAGGAUCGAGGAGAAUGAUCGCAGGAGGGAAUUGAGGAGGUUGGAGAGGGAUGAGAACGUCAAGCAGUGGGAUCGGGAUAAUCCGGAUUGGGAUGGAUAG